CACCGUUGCCAUGGUUGCGGGCUAGGUGGCUGAAAAGGGUCGACCGUCAGUCCGCUGACCUGCUUGGGACUGUGUUGAGCCCAGCCGACGGGACUACAGAAUGGGCUUUGGUUGUGGCGGCUGACUGGACAAGAAGUAGAAAUCGGGCUUGAAAAUGGAGAUGUAUGAAACCCUUGGAAAAGUGGGAGAGGGAAGCUAUGGAACAGUCAUGAAGUGUAAACAUAAAGUCAGUGGUCAGAUAGUGGCCAUUAAAAUAUUUUAUGAGAAUCCAGAAAAAUCUGUCAACAAAAUUGCAACAAGAGAAAUAAAGUUUCUAAAGCAAUUUCGUCAUGAGAACCUGGUCAAUCUGAUUGAAGUUUUUAGACAGAAAAAGAAAAUUCACUUGGUGUUUGAAUUUAUUGACCACACCAUAUUAGAUGAGUUACAACAUUUUUGUCAUGGACUAGAGAGUAAACGACUUAGAAAAUAUCUCUUCCAGAUCCUUCGAGCAAUUGAGUAUCUUCACAAUAAUAAUAUCAUUCAUCGAGAUAUAAAACCAGAGAAUAUUUUAGUAUCCCAGUCAGGAAUUACGAAACUCUGUGAUUUUGGAUUUGCACGAACAUUAGCAGCUCCUGGGGACAUAUAUACAGACUAUGUGGCCACACGCUGGUAUAGAGCUCCAGAAUUAGUAUUAAAAGACACCUCUUAUGGAAAGCCUGUGGACAUCUGGGCUUUGGGCUGUAUGAUCAUUGAGAUGGCCACUGGAAAUCCCUAUCUUCCUUGUAGCUCUGAUUUGGAUUUACUUCAUAAAAUCGUUUUAAAAGUAGGCAAUUUGACACCUCACUUGGAGAAUAUUUUUUCCAAGAAUCCCAUUUUUACAGGGGUGGUCCUUCCUCAAGUUCAACACCCUAAAAAUGCAAGAAAAAAAUAUCCAAAGCUAAAUGGAUUGUUGGCAGACAUAGUUCAUGCUUGUCUACAAAUUGAUCCAGCUGAGAGGAUAUCGUCUACUGAGAUUUUAAAUCAUGAAUAUUUUACUAGAGAUGGAUUUAUUGAAAAAUUCAUUCCAGAACUGAAAGCAAAGUUACUACAAGAAGCAAAAGCAAAUUUAUCCAUAAAGCCAAAUACUAAAGAAAAUGAGUUUAUGAAAGAUGAAAGAAAAACAGUGUAUACUAAUUCACUGAUAAUUACUUCAGUUUUGGGAAAGGAAAUGGAAAAAGAGAAAAGACCCAGAGAGAUAAAAACCAGAGCAAUGAAAGUAAAGGGUUUGGGAAAAGGAGACAUCAUGGAGCCCAAAAAGAUAGAACUUGAGGAUAGACGUUGUCAACAGAAUACAAUUGAAAAUGCACAUACUGUGCCUCAAGGUGCAAAACCUGUAAUUAGUGAACCAUCAAAUCCUGUAAAUUCUAUCAAUAUUUCUAAUGGUAUAAAGGAUGAAUCACAUACUGGAGAAAGUAUGAUGAUGCCACCCAUCAAUCUAACUAGCAGUAAUUUGAUGACUUCAAAUCCCAGUUCAAAUCUCUCUCAUCCCAAUUCAAGAUUAACUGAAAGAGCAAAAAAGAGUUGUAUAUCUUCACAGUCUAAUGGACAAAUUAUGCCCAAUAGCAGACAAGAGGAUGCAGAUCCCACUCAAAAUCAGGUGGAGAAGGCUGUGUUUAAUGAGCGAACAAGUCAAAGUGACCAAGUGACAAAUGGAAACAAAAGAAAAUUAAAUUUCUUCAGAUCUGACAGGGAAGAAUUCCAUUUCCCAGAACUACCUUACAUUAUACAAUCAAAGGAAACAAAAGGAAUGGAAGGAAGAAAAUGGCCAUUGUGAAGAGAAGAAUUUGAAGAGGAACAGAUUUUCUGCUGAAGAAUUCUGGAUUACCCUUCAAGAUCUAGUUCAAGCAUCAGCUUCUGUGGAAAUACUUCACAAACUGCUCCACUCCACAAAGCCAUCCUCUUGUGUACAUGUUUAAUAAAUGAUUUGUUUAACUUU